AUGCAGGCCAGAAUCAGGCUGGAAAUGAUGAGGUGGAUCUGUGCAUUGUUUGUGUUCUUGCUUGCCUAUUGACAGAAAGAAGGCUGCAAAGUUUUGGUUAAGAUCUUUAGGCAGAAAACUUUUCAUGGAAAAGGUGAAUGAAUUUGUUUUAUAGGGACACUAACUGGAAGGAGAAAUUCUAAUUGAAUCUACUAUGAGCUCCUAGAUUUCCUAUACCUCUGCCACUCCCCAAAAUAAGAUCAGGGUGAACUUUGUAACUUGCUAGCUAGUUAAAACAGGAAAUACUACAACUUUGAGGAAUGAGCAAAAGAAUAUUGCAUAAAUCUGCUUCAUGGUGAUUGAUUGGUUUAAGCAGGUCUGUGUGGUGAAUGUUGGAUGUGUACCGAAAAAGGUGAUGUGGAACACAGCUGUCCACUUUGAAUUCAUCCACGAUCAUGCUGAUUAUGGCUUUAAAACAUCUGACGUGAAGUUUGAUUGGCGAGUGAUUAAAGAAAAACGUGAUGCUUACGUGAGCCGCUUGAACGAGAUCUAUCAAAAUAACUUGAACAAGGCUCACAUAGAAACCAUUCAGGGCCAGGCAUCUUUUACAACUGAACCCGAGCCUACAUUAGAGGUCAAUGGUAAAAAAUACACUGCUCCCCACAUCCUGAUUGCUACAGGUGGGCGACCAUCAGUGCCCCAGGACAGUGAAAUCCCUGGUGCCAGCUUGGGAAUCACCAGUGAUGGGUUCUUUGAACUUGAAGAAUUGCCCAAGCACAGUGUUAUUGUUGGUGCUGGAUACAUUGCUGUGGAGAUAGCUGGAAUCCUUUCCACGCUGGGUUCAAAGACAUCCUUACUGAUACGUUAUGACAAGGUGCUAAGGACUUUUGAUUCAAUGAUCAGCUCAAACUGCACCCAGGAACUGGAGAAUGCUGGCAUAGAUGUCUGGAAGCAUUCACAGGUCAAAUCGGUUACAAAAUCUCCUCAGGGAUUGUUGGAAGUAACAGUGAUAUCCUCUGUACGCGGUCACAAACCCAAAGUUAGCACAAUCUCGGACGUUGACUGUCUGCUGUGGGCCAUUGGGCGAGAACCAAACACUGAGGGGCUUAAUCUAGACAAACUGGGCCUUAAAUUAGAUGCCAAAGGUCACAUUGUAGUCGAUGAGUUCCAGAACACCGGCAGGAAAGGGAUCUAUGCUGUUGGAGACGUAUGUGGAAAAGCACUCCUGACUCCAGUUGCAAUAGCAGCUGGACGGAAGCUGGCACACAGACUCUUUGAAGGCAAGCAGGAUUCCAAACUAGACUAUAGCAACAUUCCUACCGUGGUCUUCAGCCACCCACCCAUCGGAACGGUGGGACUCACGGAAGAGGAAGCCAUUUCGACAUAUGGAAAAGAGAAUGUGAAGAUCUACAACACCUCUUUUACCCCCAUGUAUCACGCUGUAACGCAGAGGAAAACUAAGUGUGUCAUGAAGCUGGUUUGUGCUGGCAAAGAAGAGAAGGUGGUGGGACUACACAUGCAGGGACUAGGGUGCGAUGAAAUGCUGCAAGGUUUCGCUGUAGCAGUCAAAAUGGGAGCAACAAAGGCCAGCUUUGAUGAGACGGUUGCCAUUCAUCCAACUUCAUCAGAGGAGCUGGUCACACUCCGUUGAAAGGUUGCGUAUUUCUGAGGCUUGCAAACCAAUCUGUAAUACGGCAGCCAAAAACACUUGAAAUAGGCUUGCGGAAUCAUAACUACUUUUCUUGGUGCCAUUUAGACAAACUCUUUCUUUUCUGUGACACUCCAGAUGAUAUUCAGAUUCUUCUGUUUUUGUAAUCUAGACAUUUAUAAUGUGGGGAAAAAAUCUGAGCGACGUCCAGUGGUGGCGGCAUCUCUUCCUUUCAUCCAAAUAGCUUGGUUUCUUGAAGCUUCAUUGGUUUAGACUGAAAAAUAAAUAAAUAAAAUAGUUUAAACUCUU